UAGGCCUAUACUGCCACCCCGUGGCUGAACUAAAUAAAUUCCUAAACGUUUUCAAGCGUAUUUUACUAAAGGUGGGGUUUUCGAAUGAAUCGACUUAUGUGAUUUACUCUGAUUGUAUAAAAAAAAAAACAAAUACACUACUAUUUUUACUGUUAGAUCCAGUACGUCUUCUCUUGGCCUUUAUAAAAAUCUAACCUGAAAGAAAUUAAUUAAGUAACCAUCUGAUUGCAUAGGCAAUUUAAACGCCUUAUAUUGUUAGAAAUUGCGGGCUCUACUUUUUUUUUUUUUACCCCGUCGACUUUUACUUAGUUCGGCGAAACUUUUAUGAUGUUAGUAGUGAGUUCCUGGAGGAGUGAAGAACCAAUGCAGAUGGAGCCCUUCAGUGACCCAGCCAAUUCCUCUGUGCUUGACACAGUCUGUGUAAUCUGGGGGUGUGAGCUGAAUGGCAGCAAGAAAACGGCACUUUUUGAGAUGGAGGACGAUCUUCUCGAGCAUCAGUUUUUCAUCCAUACGAUCUGCCUCAGCGCAGAGUCGAGCAACGAGAUGCACGUGGUGGAGGUGAAGGACAGCAUCGCAAACCGCAGCCAUCCCGUGCCCAUAGCCACCCUCUGCCCCAUCUGGUUGCCCAUGGUCAGUUUCAGCGGCUUUGAGCUGGUGCCUCCCGUCGCAUUUACGCUACGCUCUGGCCAGGGCCCCCUCUUCAUUAUGGGGCAGCACAUCACGUUCAACGAGGAUGUCGCAGAAUGAGAAGCCUGUGGCCCCCCCUGUGGUUUCAGACCCGUCUUCUGGUUGAGAUUCACUGCUUUAAUAAAUGUUGUUUAACAUCAGAGUUGUGAAUAUGAUCAGUGGUGAAGCUGAUCAGUGAUGAGUGCACUAAGAGCGUCUAUUGUAAUGCCAUCCGAAGUUAACAUCUUUGAAUUACAGCAGUCAUUUUGAAUCGAUUUUCAUGGCUCAGUAUGCAUUAUGCCUUUUCCUCCUACAUUUCUCUUUGGGGUGUUUGUGUACAAAGGCACACAAAUAUAACCUCCUCAUUUCUGCAUGGGCCUUUUCAUACUAGGAGUGACCCAGCUGCAGGUUAUGCAAAGUGAAAUUAUUACUGCAUUAGGAGCCCUUCAAAGGAUCCCGCUUACUGAUUGCCUGCAGAAAUGAAUCCACAUUAUGAGCAUCACCAUUACUGUCUAAAAUAACCACCCAAAAAAAGACAGUUAAUACAAACCAAAUUAGUUUUAAAUGAUUCUCAAACACCUCAGAUUUAACUGGGCAACUUGUAUGCUGGGACAAUGUAGGUAAGGCAAUUUUUUUUUUUUUUCCUCCUGUUGUUGAUCCUGGUCGGCUUUUUCUCCUUGUUGUAGUCUGUCUGCAAAGUCAGGAGGCCUCACCCCAGAGGCAUGCUAAACGCCCAGACCUCACCAGACACUUAUGUAUGCAGAUUGUCUCCUUUACCAUUCUCAGUGGCUCCAAACAGCUAUCUGCCUAGCCACAGUUAUUUGCUGGUCUAAUUAAAUAACAAAGUGCCAUUUUAAGCAGCACGAUAUCACCCAAAUGCCAGUUCUUAUUCUGAAGUGUUUUUCCUGAUUUGGUCCCCUGGAGAGUCCUACACUGAUCCAAUGUUCCCUUGCGGGUUAUUCCUGCAUUAAAACUACAGUGCGGACAGAAAACCCUGGGACGCUUGCUUAAUACUGUAAAAAGGUUGCAAAUAUAUUGGUUAUAUAGCAGAAGUCCGUUAAUAAGUAGUGUUUAACUUAUCUGUACAUAUCUUCUGCAGAGAGAUUUUCUUUUUAUUGUCAUAAUUAUUACGACUGACUCAGUUGCUGUUAACUGCAAUUGUAGUUAGUGGCUCCCAAACGGAUAGUAAACGCCAAUGUUUGGUGUUUUACGUUAUUGCAAAGGGGUAAGUAAUUAAAAAGUUCUCAGUGAUGUUUGUCAAGGAACUUUUUAACUCGGGGACAGCUCAUUGAAACCCAAAUUAUAGGUCUAAAUGUAUUACUGGUUCCUAAUGGUGUGUGUGUGUGUCUGUGUAUAUAUAAUGAGUAAAUAAAGUAAUGAUUUUUGUUAUAAAAUCCAAUAAAUCUGCAAUAUUUUUACUGAAUUAAGCAAGCGUCCAAAGGCUUUCCGUGAGCACUCCUGUUAAUCUCCCUUCCCAGCUCUGCUUGCUAGCUGAGGUUUUUCACUCUUGCAACUAAAAUUGAGGUUCAGCU